AUGGUACGUUACUGGACCCGGUACAAGAAGAAAGACUACGAUCGACCAAUCUAUUCCGUCCUUGGGCACGCUGAUGGGUUGCUGUUUUGCGCCGGCACGACCAUAUACUGGGAGAUACUGGACGACGUAGAGAAGAAGCUCAAGCCGAUGAAGCAGUACGAGCUCAGCUCACCUGCCACAUCCCUUCGAGUUGUAAACGGCAAGAUCUUGGCGUUGACAACGAAAGACUCCUUGGAGAUCAUCGAUUUCGGCACUGACCAAACUUCAGGCCAGAUGCAACUAUCGCACUCUGACCCGGUGAGCCGGCGGGCAUUGCAUAUGAUGGAGAUCGCCGGAGAUGUGGAAGGCACACCAGAGUCAUCUGUCGUGCUUUUAUGCGAUAUCUACUGUGGCAUUGCGGGCCUCUGGGUGCCGUGGAGGCAGCCCAACAGAGACUGCGAGGUGUUGUUCGAAGCGGACUUACCAGCAUCCAUCCGCAAAUUCCGCCGAGGACGAACGGCACCAGGCUGGCUGCAGGCCCAACGACGUCCUCAGUUUGGACUGAUACCUAGCACGAUCGAUGGCGCCGAGAUUUUUGGGAUGGGCAUCGAUGGCUCUCUACAGCACUUUGCGCUGCUGAACAUGGAAGUCUGGCGGCUUCUCCGGUUCAUCCAGAACAUUGCGUGCGAGUCGCCUCUCUUCAGCCUGUAUCAACACAACACAGGGGCGGAUGAUGAUUUUGACCCCGAGCCGAGAGUCACGAGAGACUUGGAGAUGCAUGUCAACGGAGACCUACUACAGAGGAUCUCGGCCAAGCGUGCCUUGGAGCAGCUUCUGAACAAGCCCAGUCAUAUCAGCAGAUACAUUGAGCUCAUUGACGAGAUUGACGAUGGCAGGUGUACAGCAGACUUUGAGGGAGAGCCCGGGGAGAUGAAAGAGCAGUAUCUUGAGCUCGGGUAUGACAUCCUGGAUUAUUUCCUGGCACCUGUGCUUUGA